AUGGAGACCCUAAGCAGCAGUGUCACCACCCUUGUUGAGUUGAAGAAACGCUCUCUCGUCCCCGAGAACUGGGAGGACGAAGUCCGUGAAAUUGGCAUCACGGAGUACAAGGAGGCCGGGCUCUCGCUCGCGCAGGCCUUUGCUACUGAUGACCUGGCCCAGUACAUCCUCGACACGGACGACAUGGUCGCCGCCAAUGACGAGGCCAGAUGGAGACUUCACGUCGACAUCUUCAACUACAUCGUGGCCGCGCACUGCUACAAGGGCGUCGUGACGACCAUCGGACCUGACUACGAGGGUGUGGCGCUCUGGAUGCCGCCCGGCAAGGAGGCUGAUGACUGGGUCACGGUCAUCCGCAGUGGUAUGUGGAGACUCUACUAUCAACUGUCGGCCGAGGGCCGGAAACGCUACUACGACGAGCUGAUGCCGGUCCUGCACCGCACCAAGCACGAAGUCAUGGGCGAGAGGGACGACGACUGCUACUACCUGGUGUACCUAGGCACCAAGCCCAGCGGGCAGCGCCGGGGCUACGGCAGGAAGCUCAUCAAUCACAUGGCAGCCAAGGACGACGAGAAACAGGCUGAUGCCGAGGGCCGCGCCAUGUACCUCGAGUCCAGCUCGGAGAAGAACAACGGCUACUACAAGAAGUUCGGCUUCGAGAUCAAGCGCGACAUCUACCUCGGCGCCAACAGCCCCUCGCCCGUCCGCCUGACCAUCAUGGUGCGCGAGCCGCAGAAGCUGCCCGCCCACACCAUCCCCAUCAAGCUCAACGCCGGGUUUGGCAAGAUGAUGUAA